AUGAGAUUAUCUUCUAAAUCUAUUCAACCUAAACUUUCUUUCGAAUCACGUCGAACGUCAUCUGAUAGCAGUAAUGAUUCAACUGAUGGAAAUUUCGAUGAGUAUUUAAUACCUACUCGUGCUAAGUCAUCCAAAAAAAUAAAAAUUUGUACUCUAUGUGGUCGAUAUAGAGCCAUAGUUCGUUCAACAAUUGCAAAAGCUCAAUUAGAUUUUCGUUCAGUUAAUAUUGAACAAAUUCAAAAUGAUAGUUUUCGUCUUCGUGCUCAAUUAGAAUUAUCGAAUACUGGAUCUAUUCCAGCAACAAUUAUGCCACCACUUAUUAUCAAUGUUGAUAAUUUAGGAAUAGUAACUAAUAAUGAAGCUAUUACAAUUAAAGGUGAUUCCUCUGGUAAAACUAUCGUUCCAAUUGAUUCUCCAUUUGUUGUCACAGAUUUAUCAGCUUUUUAUAAAUUUACUCAUUCUCUCGUUUUUGAAUCUAAUGUUAUAUGGCAUUUAAAAGCUGAAGCUACUAUAAAACCGAUUUCAAGCCAUAUGCUUUCGUAUUCAAAAAUUCCAUUUAAUAAAGAUGUUAAAUUAAAUGCUUUAAAUGGUCUUCCAAAUGUAAGUAUUGAUUAUAUAAGUUUAAAUCGUUCAGAUCAACAUCACAUACUUGUUGAUCUCAUUAUAAAAAUUAUUAAUCCAUCGAUAUUUAAUAUCGAUGUUGGUCAACUCUAUUUUACUUUACAAUAUAAUAAUUGGUCAAUUGGAUAUGUUGAAUCAACUAGUAAUAAUGUAACGAUUCAUUCUGGUGAAAAUUCUAUUACAUGUUUUGGUGAAUUACAAUCAACAUCAACAGAAUCUUUUCAAGCUUUAUCAACAGUUAUACAAAAUUUUCUUACUGGUCAAAUAAGUAAAGUUGAAGCACUAGCUGGUCCAAAUGUCUCAUCAUAUCCUCUUCUUGCAAUUGGUAUGAUGGGUUUAUCGUUAAAUGUUCCUAUGCCUCCAUUUAAUGAACAAUUAAUUGUUUCAUUAAAAUUUAAUUCAAUGUCACUUAUUCCAUCAAUAACAGAAAAAAAAGUUAAACUUGCAGCAUCAAUUAUUAUUCAAAUAAAUUCACCACUUGGUCAACAAUCUCCACUGAAUAUUCAAACAAUGGAUAUGAGUACAUUUCUUGUCUAUGAAAAUAAUUCUGUUGGUAUGCUUAAUGUUUCACAAGUACCAGUUAAACAAUUAGAUACAAUGACAUUCGAAACAAAAUUUGAUAAUAAAUAUUUAAUUCUAACUGAUACAGGUAUAAAUUAUGAAAAAUUUACUCAAGAUUUUAUUAAAGCUAAUCAAACACAUCCAAUUAAUUUUCGUCUUGUUGGUGUAGCUUCGAUUGUUGGUUCAUUUGCUCUUGGUCCAUUACAUAUUGAUGGAAUACUUGUUGAAAAUAAUGUAUCUUUAGUUGGUCUUAAUGGUUUUAAUAAUGUUCAUGUUGAUGGAAUAUCUGUUGAUGGAGAAGAAGAAAGUGCUCUUCGACUUUCUAUAAAUGUAACUAUUGAAAAUGCAGGUGUAACAGAAGUUCAAUUAGAAGAUUUUUCAUUAUAUAUGGCCGAAGCACAAAAUGGUACUGUACUUGGUCAGAUACCCAUCGAUAUUCUUGCUGUAGAACCAGGAAGUAAUGAAAUUUCUUUAAAUGGUCUUCUUGCUCCAUUACAUGAAAAUGAUCUUCCAGUAAUUGGUAAAUUUUUUUCAUCAUAUCUCAAUGGUCAAACACAAGAAGUAAAACUUUUUCAUAAUCAAUCUUCUGAACAGAAUGCAACUGCAAUGGAUUUAACUAUUAGUGGUCUAUCAAUGAAAGCAAAUCUUAAUGGAAUUCAAACAAAAUUAAUUCGCCAAGUUAAUGUUUUAAAUUUUGGUAUUGAAUUUGAUUCAAUUGAUGUUAAUAAAAUUUAUAUCACAGGUCAAUUAUCCGUUCUAUUUGAAUUACCAUCGAAUGUUCAUAUGACAUUCAAAAUAUUUACAACAAGUAUUGAAUUUAUAAUGCGUUUUAAUAAUGGAUCAGAUAUGAGUAAAAUGAUUCUUAAUAAUAUACCUGUUGAACAUAAUCAAGUAACAAAUGAAAUAUUUCUUAGUUUUACUAAACAACAACUUAUUGUUCUUAAUAAUGAAUCUUUUGAAGAAUUUGCUGCUAAUCUUAUUCUUACAACAAAUGUAUCCGUUAUGAUUCAAGGGUUAACAGCAGCAUUAACAGAAGUACGUAUUGGAAAUAUUACUCUAACAGAUAUUCCAAUUAGUGAUACACUUCAUCUUACUGGUUAUAAUCAAUUUGAUAAUGGUCAUUUAAUUAUUGAUAAUAUUGAUAUAACUGGAUCGAUUUCAUCUCAAGCACUUGCUCUUCAUGUUAAAACACAAAUUAUUAAUCCUUCUGUUGUUAAUAUAAUUAAUGGUGGUCGUCUUACACUUGAUUUAUGUGAUAGCCUAAAUUUUACAUCACUUGGUACAAUUGAUAUCAAUCCAUUCUAUCUUCAACCACAAAAUAAUGCGACAAUAAUUAAUGCUGAAGCUAUAUUUAAUAUAACUGAACAUAAUAAUAUUAUAGCUCGAAAAUUUAUAUCAAAUAUGGUUUCUGGUAUUGAUAGUGAAGUAGAAUUACGUGGUACAUUACCAGAUAAUUCAACUGGUACAUCUAUACCAUUACUUUCAUUAGCUAUUGCUGGCCUACGUAUUCAAACGAAAGUUCCUGGUCUUACUGGAGAUAGACAAUUUAUUCGAGAAAUUAUUGUAAAAAAAUUAACUGCUGGAGAAAUUAUUGGUAUUCCACUUGGUCUUGUUAAAACAUUAUCAAUACGUGUUCGAUUAAUAAAUCCAUUUAGUACAUCAAUAAGUAUUCAAAGUAUGCGUAUUAGGGCGGAUUUUAGUCCAACAAUUGAUGAAGAUCAUCAAAUUGGUACUGUUGAAGAUCAUGCACCAUUUACUGUUAAUCCUCAUCAAGAUUUGAUAACUUCUUAUAAAACUGUUACACUUUCAGCAAAAUUAAGUACAAUGAUUGCUUUAUUAAGUCCAUUACUAUCAGGAAAUGCUCGUCUUUCAUUAUCAGGUGUUAUUGAUGUGACUAUUGGUGAUAAUUUUACUCUAAAUCAACUUCCACUUACUACACUUAAUGUAACCACAGAUCAAGAACAUUCUCAUUAA